AUGGAGGUGACGACCUUCAAGAAGAAGAGCAAGCGCUCUGCCGUUUGUCGUAAACGCUCUCGUCGGCCUCUCGAAGACUCACAAGACGCUUCUGGCGACGCUCCAGGCGAUGACACUGACGUGGAGCAGAUUCAACGCUCCAUCGAGGAGCUACGAGAGGACCAAAAGCUGCGCGACCAGAUCUUAAGAGAGGAACUGGCCGCCCAAAAGCAGGAGACGGCGAAGAAGACGCAGAAGAAGGCGGAGGCGUCUACCGACACAAGUCAAUAUGGACUGCAUGACCCCACCAAAGACGGAUCGACCAAUCAGAAGCUGCUUACGCUUCUUGACGGACAAUUCACAGGCCAAAGCGCUACGACUGAGAAGGAUCAGCAUGUAGAGCUGAUGAACAAGUUUAUCGAAGAGAGACUGCAGAAGAAAAGGAAAAUAGAUGGUAAGCAAAACGCAGGAGACGUUGGAGAUGCAGCUGCUGCUCUUAAGACUGCUGAGGAUAGGUUGUUCGAGCUGCCUGAACACUUGAAUCCCGAUGUUCCGAGCAGCUCGAAGAAUUACGAUGAGGGGACAGAAGGGGGUAUGCUGAUGGGGAAUACAGGCAUUGCAGAGGUGGAACUUCCGUCGUCUUAUGCGGAGAGAACCGAGAAGGCGACUAAGAGAGCGUUGGAAGCGAACAAACCGAGGGCUGCGAAGCUGGACGCCAUAGGCGGACUGGCAAGUUCCGUCGUUCCGGGCAACUUCAGCACCGAUUUUAAUCGCCACAAGACUAACUAUGUUGCGGAGAUGAAGAGUCUGAAUAAAGAUGAGCAACGCGAACGGGGAUUUCGCCAAGUCGGCAAGAACAGGGCAACCGACAACCACGCUGUCUCGCAGUUCCGAAAGCUAGAAAGUCGCAAGCUACGUCAUCGCUGA